AUGCGGCAGAAUUCAUCUAGCAAAGAAAACCAUCACGACGUCAACCUACACUCAACCGCCGUACAUAACAUCACUCACAAAGCUGUACCGCCCCUCCGUAUGCCUCCGCCAACAGCAGGCGGUAUCAACGAGCCGCAAGAGUGUCCAUACUGCCGCAGGACAUUCUCUUGUUACUAUUCCUUGAAACGACAUUUCCAAGACAAGCACGAGCAGUCCGACACAUUGUACGUCUGUGAGUUCUGCCACCGAAGGUAUAGGACAAAGAACUCGCUCACCACUCACAAGAGUCUCCAGCACAGGGGCUCCAGCGGCAUGCUGAAAAGGCUCCUCAAAACUUCGGCUCUUCACAGCGCGCUGGCCCCGUCCCCGCACCACCUCUUCGACCUGGGUGCCAGCGAGCACGGCCCGCAACUCCCGCCCGGCCUGCAAUGA